AUGAAGCUCCUUGUUCCUAUCUUCGCCAGCCUCAUGCUACAGUACCAGGUGAACACAGAGCUCUUCGGCUGGAAAAGAUGUUUAAUGGGUUUUGGGCGAUGCAAAGACCAGUGUUCUGUGGAUGAAAGAGAGAUGCAGAAAUGCAAAAAGAAAAAAUGCUGUGUUGGACUAAAAACAGUUCGACUGAUAAAUACCUACCUGCAAAAUGAGCUGCUCCAAGCACUUAAAGAAGACAUCCCCAGACCGAUAAACAUUACCAAGCUUUCUAGCGCUGCAAUCCAAACAAAAUAUCAUAGUUUAUCUCUCUCCCCCCAAGUCAAAAGCCCUGUUGCCAAACGUCAUCUCAACGCCAUCAGCAUCUCAAGUGCCAGUGCUGGGAACUCUGCCAGCACCAACCCCAUGGCCUCGGGAGAGAUUACACGCCCUGCCACUCCUACCAAGGGCAACACCAAAAAGUGCCAAGGGUCAGCCACUGACUCCCCCCAACCAUCACCACCACCCUAG